UUAAUAAAUGCUAGUGACCAGCCUCCCUUCUUCAUUUAAAUCCUCUUUCCCCCUGCGCCUACGAUUUGGAUAGGAAGAUAGGUAGGUACGCACGAUUUACAACGGUCCGGCUUACAAUGUCGACCAUCUCCCCUGCUGAGGCGCAUGCCUCUACCGGUCGCGAUAUCGAGAAAGACCUUUUCCCGGUCCAACCUGCGACUGAAGUACCCGAAGGCUCCAAAACCGAGUCAGACGACGACUCGACGCACGUACAAGAUGGUGUCAAACGAGUUGAAGCUAUCACUACCGUCUGGUCGAAUAAAUCCCUAUGGUCUACUUUCGCUCUCCUUUGGCUUGUAUCCUUCGUGUCCGCGCUGCUCUCGUCUAUCGAUAGUUCCCUAUCUCCAUAUGUCACGUCCUCCUUUUCCAGGCACGGCCUACUAGCGGUCAUCAACAUCGCUGCUAGAGUGAUUGGUGGCGUUGUCACACUUAGUCUUGGCAAAAUUAUCGAUAUUAGGGGACGUAUGGAAGGCUUUGUCGGGUCAUUACUUCUAAUCACUGUUGGCAUGAUCAUGAAGGCGACCUGCCAGAAUGUUGAGACGUAUGCCGCAGCCCAGGUUUUCGCCUGGGUCGGCAACGUCGCUCUUGGUUUUGUUAUCGAUGUCUUCGUAGCCGAUAUUACUACGCUCAAGAACCGAAUGUUUAUCUUUGCGCUCAACUCGACUCCUAACCUUGCGACUACUUUUGCUGGCCCUCGAAUUGCCGAGCUAUUUUACACCAAGGUCAACUUCAGAUGGGCAUUCGGUGCCUUCACCAUUAUCUUACUCGCGGUAUCUCUACCAGUGGUUGCUAUCCUUUUCUAUCACGAACGGAAAGCAAAGAAGUUAGGCCUGCUGCGUCCGAAAUCAGGUCGCACGCCGAUACAAUCUACUCUACAUUAUAUCAUCGAGUUUGAUAUUAUGGGCGCGAUUUUAGUUUCGGCGGGAUUCACACUCAUCCUCCUCCCAUUCAGUCUUGUGAGCUCGGCCUCGCACUCGUGGCAGAGUGCAAGCGUAAUUGUCAUGAUUGUGAUGGGCGUGGUCAGUCUCGCCGCAUUCGCGAUUUGGGAGAGAUUUUUCGCCCGUGUCAAGUUCUUCCCUUUCGAGUUUCUAAAGGACAGAACCUUCUUAGGCGCUGUACUGUCGUAUUUCAUGGUCUUUUUGACCACCUUUAUAUGGGAUGCUUAUUACAGCUCUUACCUCCAGGUUGUCCAAGGCCUCAGUAUCAGUAUCGCGAAUUACGUGCUCAAUGCUUACUCUCUUACUUCGUACUUCGCCGGUCCAUUCGUCGCCUUAUAUAUUCGCUACACCGGUCACGUCAAGUAUCCUGCUCUGGUCGCCAUCCCCAUAUAUCUAUUAGGUACCGCUCUCAUCAUAUAUUUCAGAGUUCCUGGCGCUCAGGUUGGCUACCUUGCCAUGUGCCAAGUACUUGUCGGCUUUGGCGCGGGCGUACUUAAUCAGAUGUCUCAGCUUAUUACCAUGGCAUCCGUUAGGCACCAAGAUGUUGCUGUUGCCCUUGCUAUUUACGGCCUAUUUGGCUCCGUCGGCUCUUCUGUUGGUUACGCUGUUGCAGGCGGCAUUUGGACGAAUAUUCUUCCGGUCAAGCUAUAUGAAUUCCUCCCUGAGGAUAGCAAGAAUAUGACUGCUGCUAUUUACGGAGACAUCAAUAAGCAAAUGGAGUAUCCAAUCGGCACACCAAUUCGAGACGCCGUCAUUGAAGCAUAUGGCGAUGUAAUGAGGAAGAUGGUUAUCGUCGGCUCUGCACUUAUUCCUCUGACAAUUAUCUGUGUCAUUGUUUGGAGGAAUAUUAAUGUUAAGAAGCUUGAGACGGUUGAGAAGCGAUCCAGGGGAAAUGUGUUCUAAGGCUUGAAUCUAUAGACGUGAUAUCACGGUCUAUUCUUUACACGUCCUUGCCACACGCACGACGCCUAUUCUCGGCAUUAUAUAAUUAACAUGUCGUCUUGGGAUGCAAAGAUUAGGUAGAGACAUCGACUCCUUGUCAUACGCAUUGCCCCCAAUACCAUCUGAGAUUCGGCUUCAACACAAGGACGUGCCAGUGGUUAAAACACAGCAUCUGUUAUGACUAAAUCUAUAACGUGAUCAUGGAAGACUCCUACGCGGUUUAUAAUUUGCUAUUAGUUGUUAGACUGACAUUUGUUCCCCGUAUAUGACUGCAUACGGCUAGAAAAAGAAGUAUUCACGACAGAGAAAAUCUAUCCGAAAUCUCGCCGGUUCAGUAGCCGGACGAGGCCAUAAAUCUUAUCACUACAUUGUUGCAUUACUUAACUGGAUUAGGGACACGCCGUCGUAACAUGGCUCGCAGCUUCAAGCAUUGUAUAAUAGAACAUGCGUUUCGUUAUAGC